AUGGCUUGCUAUGAUCUGUCGCUAACAUUCAUCAGAGCUUUCACUGCGAUAUGCUGGACGUCUGGAUUAUUAGCCUUUGCAGAAAAUCUUACAGUUAUUUUAACUGUACGAUACAUUCGCUCACUGCGACCUACAGCCCGAUAUUUUAUGGCAUCUCUCGCUGCAGCAGAACUUCUCUCGGGGAUCACGGCUAAUCUGUACUUUGUUCGAAAUUAUGCGAGAACCGAAGAUGCCUUCUUAAAAAUGGAGACUGCUGUAUGGUUCUUCACUACAACAUCUGUAACCUUCAGUUUGAGCAACGUUGCAGUGGAUAGAUUCGUCGCAAUUACUUCGCCUUUACAUUAUCAUGCUAAAAUGACAUUGAAUCGGUGCAUCAUCAUGAUAAUGCUUUCAUGGUUUCUUGCUCUCAUGGGUGUGUUUGCAGCUCUCCUUAUUCCUAUCAAACACUUAGUUAAGUUGUGGACGAGUGGAGGUAUCAUUUCUCUGUUCAUACCAUUUUGCAUAAUAGUUUUUUGCUAUUACAAAAUCUACAAAGUAACAAGAAAUACAUUUCCUGUGCAUGAAAACGUCACAGAUGCUCAACAAAUGGCGGAAAACAGGCGACAAAGAAAGACAGCAUGCACGUUUGGGAUCAUCACAGGAUUAUUUAUUGUUCUCUUCAUGCCGAGUUUUCUCAUCAGCAUGAUCCCUGUGACCAACGAAGUUAAUAUCGUAAAAGCGAAAUGCGACGGUUUCAGAAGAAAAUUUUGGCUCGCUUUUUCUGAUAUCUCAUACUUCAGUGCUGUUAUUGAUCCGUGGGUUUAUGUUAUUAGAAUGCCAGACUUUAGAGGUGCUUUGAAAGAACUAUUUCAAAGAAUGUGUCGUGUUUUGUCUCUUCCUUUGAACGACAGUAGUCUAAUGAGACAUUGGCCAGUUGCAGAAAGUGAAUCCCACUUGACCAUAAACUCAUGUUUAAUUUACUCUGUAACUAUUUUAUUACAGCUCAUACCAGUAUUUAACUCAUUACUCUACUCACUGAACAAAAUAAUCUUAAUACUGAAAGUGCACACUAUUAUGUUCAUCACAGAGUAGCAC